CAAUCUUCUGUCCAUCUUCAAUGCUGGUAAAAGACAGAAUCCCUGUCCAGGAGGGACUGCAAGCUUCUCUUCCUGUUUCAAGUAUUGGUUGGAGAUGAGGAAGCUUUAGCUUCCCUGUGGCAGAAGCUGGCUGAAUCCCUUCGUCACAAGGAGUUUAAUUUGAAAUUGUCAUGCUCUCUAGAAGUCACAGGUUUUUACAGGACUAAAAUACAAGGUUUGUGUAUGGGUUUGUGCACAUGAAUGCACAAACUCUCGGAGCCCAGAGACUACACUGGUUCUGGAACAAGAGUUAUAGGCAGUUGUAAGCAACUCCAUAUGGGGACUGGGAAUUAAAUCCUAAGUACUGAGCCAUCUCUAGGCUCUUAUUUAAUUUUAAAACAUUUGCAAUACCAUGUUUGCAUAUAAUGUACUGUCAUUCCAUACAGCCCCACCCCACUUCUCUUACCCCUCUCUACUUUCUCCCAGCUAGUCCCUCUCCUCCCUUGAGCCUCCUUGCUUGACCUCCCUCCUUUCCUCCCUUCCUUCUUAAUCCUUUAUUCCUACAGUCCUUCCACCUCCCCUUCCACAUGUUCCCUGGACCCUGCAGAGGGUGCCAUGGAUGUCCCAUUUAGGGUUAAGUACUCAGCUAUCACCAACUCUCAGCACUUGGACCAGUCAUGGGUCCCUGCUUUGACCAUCUCUUUACGACUUACAGCUAUUGAAAAAACUCUUAUUCCAGUUUUAGAGACUGCAUGGUUGCGUGCAGUUCAAGGGACACUACGUGAGGAACGAAGUACCAGGAGCUCCCUCUCUGCUCUGGUCCCCAAGAUCUAUGGCUUAGAGCUCUGCUUUCCAGCCAGACGACCUGAGUCACUGGCGAGUCUGAGCAGUCCUGGGAGAAUUGGAAUGGCUGCUUUGAAUGACCUGCUCUUCUGUAGUUACCUUGCCUGGGCUUUAAAUUGGUUGCCUGUGUUGUCCUUCUCCCAAGACCAGGUCCCUGCCAUGAGCACGCCAGAGGUUAUUUCUCUUACCUCCAUGGAAUAAGGUCUGCCUCCUUAAGAGCUCUAAGAAUAGUCCCAAGUUAUUGAGCAACUAGGCUCAGAGAAGGAGCUGGCUUAUGUGACUAGUCGGCUUUGGCGUCUUCUGUUUUAAAUCCCCGUUCAGGCUAAAAGUGAGAACAAGCGGGCCCUGCCUCCCUCAUUUGGAUUACAAGCUCAAAGGAACGGUCUUGUUACCUGGGGAAUUAUCUCCAUGUUCCCAGGGACAAGACUGUCCACAGGAAAUGCACAGAGAGGACCUGAGAGGAAUUAAGGUAUGGUGUAGCAGAAGCGAAUAUAUCACAGCUAUAGAAAGCCGGGAGCUUAGUAAAUUAGGAAUGGCUUGGCCCUGGCACCCUACAAAAGUGGUGGGCAAUAGGACCCUGUGGACAGCAAAGUCAGCAUUUGUGCUGCCAAUGCCCAAGCUUAGAACUGCAGCUGAGUCUGUCAUUCCAGCCAUGCUGCCUGCCCCGGGGCAGCUGGGAAGGUGAAAGGAAGGAAGAAAUUUUUUCGGAAGAGACAACAGGAUUGUAGGAGUGAAUGGCAGGAGAGCAGGAAAGUCUGGGGUGUGGUGCGCGUGGACCCCAAGCACCCGCGUGGAUACCCCGUCUUUGCUGGUCUCCACCUGUGGCCGUUUAGGUGUUUGUGUGAGCACAGGCCUCUGUUUAUGCUGUGGCGGUCAGCAUAAGAACCCCUUCAUCUCCCAGACUCCCCACUGGGUUGCUAUGGGUCCUGCCACAGCUUAAAGGUGGACCACCCCCAGCUCCCAGGCAGGUGCCUUUCAGUCUAAAGUUCUGAAGGCUUGACAGCUGCCAGCUCAUGCAGAUGCUUGUUUGCCUCUGAACAAACUUAGGUAAGGUCCCUAGGGCAGAAGUAGUUUUAGGAGCACGCACUCCUGGCAGCAGAAGAGGAGGGAAAAGGAGAGACGCUCCCACGCUAGCAGCCUCUCGUGGAGCUUGCCCCCAGAAAUCGAAGGGAGUGCCCAGAAGAAAGAAACAAGGAACAGCCCAGACCCUACUUCCUGCCUGUGCCAGUUGUCAAUGGUGCAGAAGAAUGUCAGGAGGGUACCCACCGAAGUUUCCAGGUUCUCAUGCCCCAGGCUAAGGAACUGCACCAAUGACAUGUGAUGGGUAAUAAAAAUAGUUUAUUAAGAAAGAGAAGUUUCCGAGAAUGGGAGUGGGCCAGUGAGGGGGGUCAGGAGUCUUGUGACCCUGUGUAGGUGUGUGUACAGUACCCACCGUUUUUGCAUACCGUAGGCAUAUAUACCGCAGGCUGUGCUUGUCACCCGUGGCUUGGGUAGGGAAAGUCCUCCAGUCUUUUAAGCCAGCUGGCUUCUUUCAUGUAUUGUUCGCGUCUCUCUGCACGCCUUGCCUUUCUUCUUCUGUUCCAUGAAUGGAAUUGGUCUGUACGUGGAGGAGCACAAGAAAGUAAGCAAGCAUCAUCUGUCUAACAUCAGACCUCAUGUGAGAGAGACGAAGACCAGAGCAUGAGGACCCAGAAGUGGCUAGAGAGAUGGACCAUUGUGACCAGGGAGGUGGGCAAGUGAGAUCUCAGGCCCAUGGCGACCUGCCCUGUCCUGCAGAAGGAGACACUGUUCCAGACAGGAGUCUAUGCUUACAGAAUCCCGGCUCUGCUCUACCUGUCGAAGCAGAAGACCCUGCUGGCCUUUGCGGAAAAGCGCCUGACCAAGACGGAUGAGCAUGCAGAUUCAAUCGUCCUUCGAAGAGGAAACUACAAGACAGCCACCCAUCAAGUCCAGUGGCAAGCUGAGGAGGUGGUGACCCAAGCCCGGCUGGAGGGCCACCGCUCCAUGAACCCGUGUCCCUUGUAUGACAAGCAGACAAGGACCCUCUUUCUGUUCUUCAUCGCCAUCCCUGGGCAUGUGUCAGAACACCACCAGAUCCAGACCAGGGUUAAUGUCACACGGCUAUGCCACAUCACCAGUACUGACCAUGGGAGGACCUGGAGCCCUGUCCGAGAUCUCACAGAUACCACCAUUGGCAACACUCACCAGGACUGGGCCACGUUCGGUGUGGGGCCUGGGCACUGUCUGCAGCUACGAAACUCAGCGGGGAGCCUGCUGGUGCCCGCUUAUGCCUACCGGAAACUACAUCCUAGCCAGACACCUGCCCCCUUUGCCUUCUGCUUCCUCAGCCACGACCAUGGGAACACUUGGGAGCUGGGCCACUUUGUGUCCCAGAACACACUGGAGUGCCAGGUGGCUGAGGUUGGCACUGGAGCUCAGAGGGUGGUCUAUCUCAAUGCUAGGAGCCACCUGGGAGCGAGGGUCCAGGCACAAAGUCCUAACGGUGGCCUGGAUUUCCAGGACAAUCAGGUAGUGAGCAAACUUGUAGAGCCUCCCAAAGGCUGCCACGGAAGCGUGACUGCCUUUCUCAACCCCACCUCAGCGGCAGAUGCCUUAGACGUGUGGCUGCUCUAUACCCACCCUACAGACUCCCAGAAGAGGACCAACCUGGGUGUGUACCUCAACCAGAAACCGCUGGACCCCGCGGCCUGGUCAGAGCCCACCCUGCUGGCCACAGGCACCUGUGCCUACUCAGACUUGCAGAACAUGGGAGGUGGCCCUGAUGGCUCCCCACAGUUUGGGUGUCUGUAUGAGUCAGAUAACUAUGAAGAGAUCACUUUUCUCAUGUUCACCCUGAAGCAAGCUUUCCCAGCGGUAUUUGGUGCCCAGUGAUUUUCGUUGUUUGUGACCCAAAGUCUUUCCUUGUGCUUCAGAACAUCCAUCUUUCCUCCCUUCCAGCAUCCUCUAGAUUGGAGGCCAGCUCUUGGGCUCUUCCUCUGGAGUAUGCAGAGAGCUUGGUCUCUUGGCUCUUCAUAGGUUUUGUUGUUCCGGCUGCCACAGUGGAUUCUAUUUCCAGCCCAGAAAUCAAAGGAGCCUGGCUUUCCCCAGGCUUUUGACAGGGAAGGUGGGGGAAGAGGCUGUUAUCCUGUGUGUCAGCUGUCACUAUGCUGGCUUAGCCUGCCUGUUUCCCCACUCCUAGUUUUUCGGUGAGUUCUUAAUAAAUUAUCCAACCCAGCCUA